UUGCCAGUGUCAAACUGAAUUGUUUGAGUGGUAUUACUGAUUGUCCAUCAUAUAUGAACAUCUUUUCUCUGUAAAGAAAUAUUAAAAUUAACAAAUCAGUGACAAAUUUCAGUUUCAAAGCCAUUAAAAAUACCAAGUUGCCUACUACUACAAUCAGAAAAAUAUAUUUUGUUAAUACAUAAUUAAGUUGGUUAUUUUUUUGAUUUACAAAAACUCAAAAUAUGUGCAGUUACAAGGGAAUAAUAAUCUCAGGAAUCCUGGUGUCAUCAUUUGCAAUUUUGGCGUCCAUGGGCACACUGGGUUUCUAUUCAUGGAAAGUUUAUGAAUUAACAAAUGUAUGUGAUGAUCGUGACAAUACAACUCAGUCUGAUGUCUGCAAGUUUGAUGAACUGGAAGUGAGGUCCUGCAUAGGUCUUGCAGAGGGAAUUUUUACAACAAUCGUCGCUAUUGUCCUCCUCAUAGGAUUUGCGUCACCUGCAGUUGCCUUACUAUGGAUUUGGGUAGUCUGGGCACUUGGUAUAGCCUCCUACAAUGCCUACUGCAUCAAAGAUUACCAUGACGUCAUUUUGGACCAGCACAAUGUGACAUCCUUCCCAUGGGAUACAUUUGUAAAUGAAGACUAUGGUUACUUCUUCGUGGUUGUGAUGACAUCAGUCAUGUGGUAUGGUACAGCUUUACUGAUGGUCAUCCCAAUGGCAGGAUACUUAACUCACAUGAUUUUCACAGAUGGUGAGAUAAUGGGAGAAUAUGAAUUACAAGCAUGGUAACGCUGCGCGGUACACAUUCACACACGACAACGAAGCCUUUUCGAUGGACACCAGGCCUGCAGCAGAUUUGCAAAUAACCUCCACUUCAGAAUCUUUUACCUGAUGACCGAUUGGUUCCUAAAACGCCGUCGACAUGGUGACAUUGAGUCUCACCUUCCUUAUGCUGAUAGAAAACCAUUAUACUCAUUUACUGCUUACCUCUUCAUUGUCCAAGAUGCCUCUUGCUUUGUGAUUUAACGUCCAGUAAAUUGCAUGCUAGCUCAUUGCCUUGGUAUGUAAUGCAUCAACACCACUGGUGGAUUUAGAAGUCGAAGAUGAAAUGUACCUAAUUAUUCGUGUGUAAUUUUUCUCAAUUUUUCAAUCAUGAAGAUCAUCAAUAAUAGCCCCUGUUUUGAGACAUUUUUGGAAUGUUGAUAGCAGAUAGGAAUGUUCCUUACAGUGAUUUUUAUGUGCGAUGUUGUGAUUAAAACUAAAUAAUAAUAAUAAUAAUAAUAAUAA